UUUUUUGGCUUGUCAACCGAAACCACGCAACAAUUUUCACUUUACUAAUCUUGAUAAUUGUUAAUAUACUACUAAUGUUUUACAAGAAAGAUUACGGCUAUCGAUGUGCCGGAAGAAGUUAAGUGAUAUCUAUAAAAGUGUUAUUGUAGAACUUAUUGUUAUACGUUUUCCCACCGUUCUGACCCGCGAACUCUUAACAUGCCUCUGUUGAAAAGAAAAGCCUUUGAGAAAUCAAAUGUGUCGGAGUAUUUGCGGGACGACGAUGAGGUGUUCCACUGCGAGAUCACCGACGAGAUAUUCAAGGAUUAUGAGGAAUAUUGUGAAAGGAUCAUACUGGUCAAUUCAAUGGUGUGGACAUGUGAAAUGACGGGGAAGAAUAACCUGACGUAUGCAGAAGCCUUGGAAAGCGAGAAGGCAGCCCGGAGAUCAUUAAAGGAUUUUCCCAUGGAGCUCCGGAUACCAAUCCUGUACCUGGCAACAAAGACCAAGAGGAGCUCAUUUGCAGAGAUGUCAGAGGAUCUGUUCAAUUAUGUGAGGAAAAGGUUCUUUGUUGGUGAGACCGUAGAAGCCUGUCUUGAAGGUGAUAUUUGGAGAGAGGCACAUGUACUCUCCGUCACAGCACAGAAACAGCAUCCAGAUAGUAAAAGCAUGCUCCCGGCUUCGGCAUAUUGCUAUGAAGUGGAACAAUUUGAUGAUGACCCAGCCGCUGCAGGACAGAUUGGCACAGCACCUUAUGACAGGGUUCGUCGUCGUAAAGGCAUCUAUACAAGGGACAAAAAUCGACUGUUCCUAAAACAAUUUGUUGCACCGGGAAAUAUAAUUGGUAUUAAGACAUCAGCAAUAGAAAAAUACAACAUAGCCAAAGUUAACUUCGACCAGAUCUUCACAGGAAAUCCACCAGAUUUCCCAUCAUCAAAGAAACUCAUAAAGACAAGCAUGUCUCCGCCGUCAUCCUCAAAGAUGCCAAUGAAGCCUGGUUCAGCAUCUAAACUAAAUAAGUCGCUGAAGAGACCUAGUCCAGAUAAGAAAGGUAGACAAGAAUCUAUGGACAAAUUUAUCAAAAAAACAGAUAAGACAGAAGUAAAGCCUAAAACACCAAUGGACCCAGAAGCAAGAAAAUCGGCGCAAGAAUUGGCGGAUAAGAUGAGAAGAGCAGAAGAUCAAAUGCGUCAGCGAAGAGAGGAAGAGAAAGCAAAGAAGAAGGAGAAAAAUGCGAGACUUAUGGCAUAUAUGAAGGAGUGGCACAAAGUUAAGGAAGACCAGGAGUUGGAAGAUCACAAGAUUAUACCAAAAGGCACUCCAGUCGAAGUAGAAGGGAUUCCACAUAAGCACUUUGGAGAUUUCCUCUCUGUGCUAGAAUUUGUACAUAAUUUCUCUGAGCUGUUAAAAGUCAAAGAUGUUUUUCACAAUGAACUAGACUUUGAGACUUUUAGAAAAUCGUUGACACAUAAAGAACAUGCUUGGAUAUUUAGUGAACUAGUACAAAUGCUACUUACAACAAUAUUCUCCUUGCAAGAGGACGAAGCUGAAGAAUAUAAUGAAAGCAAUCGGAUUCAAGAGUCUGUUGAGGUUGUCCAGCCGGACAGCGGCGUGGACACGUUGCGCGCGAUCGAGCUGGCCACGAAGGCCGGCAAGUGGACGCAGACCUACCUCGGCACCGCGCUCAGCAAGCUGCCGCUCGACCCCACUACCGUUAGCGAGGUGCUGCGGCUGCACCUGCUGUCGUCGGGCGGCGCGGCGGGCUCGCGCUGCGCGGCGUGGCGCCUGCACCAGCGCGGCGGCUACAGCAGCGCCGACGACCCCGCGCUGCGCCUGCGCACGUCGCGCCCCGCCGCCCUGCGCCGCCUGCGCGCGCGCCACCUCGCCGACCUGCCGCUGGAUGAUAAGUUCCAGAUUUUACAGUGCCUUAUGAAUCAAAUUAUGAGCUAUGCGACAGUUCGUGACCAGGUUGAGGAGAAGUUGGAGGAAUACAAAAACUUGAAACAUGCCUUGAGGACUUUACAGAUAAAUGAACGCAAACGUGAACCCCAACUAUCAGCUGCCCGCAUUGAGCUCAAGAAAGAGAGUGCACAAAAGAAAGAGGAGCUCAAACUAACUGGUGACAAAGCAAAGGCAGCAGACGAGGAGUUGAAAGAAGCCAUAGAAAAACUAAAGAAAGAUAGUGACAUUAAGAGAGCGGAAUAUGAGAAGAAGUUGAAGGAGAUGCAAGCUCAACUUUUCGACCAUACAACUUAUGUUGGCACAGACCGCGCCUUUCGUCGAUACUGGCUGACCCGACGCGUCGCCGGGCUGUUCGUAGAGGCGGGGGCGGAGCCUCGCGGGCCGUGUCGCAACAAACCCCUCCCACCGCCCCCCGCGCCGUGUGAUGACGUCAUGGCCUACGUCACGGAGCUCUUCCACUCCGAACGAGAUCGAGAGCGCCAGAAGGAGCAGGCGGGAAGCGACAAAGAGAACGAAUCGGGAGCAAAUUCUCGCGGUAGCUCCCCAAAGAAGCCACUUGCCAACUUGAAUGGACUAAGUCAAAAGCUUAACGGCUCGGACGCGGUUGUGCAGCAAUGUCGCGACUUACUCGUUUGUUCUGCACAUAUCGACACAUGCUACGUGCAUGGGAAGGGUGACUUUAGACCACAAUGGUGGGUGUACAACACAGAAGAACAAAUAGAGGCACUUAUAGAGUCUCUAAACAAACGUGGCCUGCGAGAGAGUGACCUACGACAGACUUUAGAGCUCGAUAAGGCGAAUAUUAUAGAUUAUGUUAAGAAGUGUCCAUUGCAUUUACUCUCUCCUACAGUGACUCCGCACGCACCAUCGACGAGACCGAGGAAAAUACAGCCGUCUCUAUACGUGCCCCCCGAUUGUUCUCUAUCCGAAGCUUUAGAACUGUCCUUGCGAGAUCACAUCCUUGAACUGGAAGAGAAGAUCUUCCAUGGAUGUCUCGGUGCAUUGAAAGUUAAGGACCGCGAGGCGUGGCGCGGCACUAUAAUGCUGCGCGGGUACGACAAGCAGGCCGACUACCUCAGCUGGGGGCCGGGGAAACAGUUCCGCGAUGAUUACCACCAGCCCGAUGGUCACCUCAAACUACCUACUGAUAUAGAUCAAUCAGAGUUGGAAACGAUAGCAGAGAAUAAAUACCGGGAUCCUGGUCACUGGUUGGAAACACCGAAAGUUAACGGUGUAAAGACGGAGCCCGAAGAGGACAGCGGCGCGAAGCCCGACGUAGUACGAGGGCUUGCGAGUGCCUUGCUGCAAGUCGCACAGUCGAUACACCAGAAAUAUCUCAAGCGACCACUUGGUCUCGACGAGAAGGAGCGCAAGGACCGUGAAGCCAGGAACAAGCCGAUGGACCUGGAGGCGCUGGAGCGCUGGGAGGUGUCGCUGAUGGAGAGCCGCAGCUUCGCGUCACUGGUGCUGCACCUUCUGGCGCUGGACAGCAGCGUGAGCUGGGCGGCCAGCGUGCUGCACGCCAGCUGCCGCGUGUGUCGCCGUCGCGCCGACCCCGACAACAUGCUGCUGUGCGACGGCUGCAACAAGGGCCACCACCUCUACUGCCUCAAGCCCAAGCUCUCGAAAGUACCGGAAGGCGACUGGUUCUGCGAUCAAUGUAAACCGAAGGAGAAAACGCCGAGGAAACGUAGAAAACUUUACACGGACGAAGACGCCGAGGACGCACUAGACGACAGCGCGGCGGUGGCGCUGUGCGCGGCGUGCGGCAGCGGCGGGCGGCUGGCGGCCGAGUGCCGCGCGUGCGGCGCGCGCCUGCACGCCGAGUGCGCCGCGCCGCGCCAGCGCCUCUCGCGCCGCUUCCUGUGCGACGCCUGCCAGGCGCCCGAGCGAGAUUCUGAGGAUAGCGAGUACAACACUGCACUGGUGAAGCUGAAGACGCGUAAGUCGAGGGCGAGCGAGGAGACGUCUGUGCAAGGCUCCUCCAAGAGAGGACGCAAACCAAAGGAACACAUAAAUGGUACUUCAAGUAGAAAAUCAAAAUCUCUCACAAACGGUAUCCAUGAAGAGCGGGCAAGUAAAAAACGCAGUCGGGAAGCGCUCGAGAGGGCACGACUCGAGCCGGAGUCACUGGCGACGCUGCUGCGAGACGCCAUGAAACACAAGGACAGCUGGCCGUUCCAUGAUCCUGUAACUGUUGAAGAGGUACCUGAUUACUUUGAUGUCAUCGAUCAGCCGAUGGACUUCAAUACAAUCAAGACAAAAGUAGAAGAGGAAGACUAUGAGACGAAUGAACAGAUGCUGAAUGACGUCGCGUUGAUAUUCACAAACUGCUACACGUACAACAAGGAUACACAUCCUGUCGCCAAAGCUGGAAUGCGAUUGGAGAAAUAUAUUAAUAAACGCUGUGCAGAAUUAAAUCUUCCAUCGCUACCUGAUACCAACAUUGAGACCGAGGAGCUUGAUGAUGAAGAUGCUCCCAAGGCCAAAAGGCCGAAGUUAAACUGAUAUACCGUCACCCCACCUCGCCUCACGGACUACUUACUCUAUUGAAGUAAAGCGUAACUAUUACAUAACACUAUAAACAAAAUAUUACAAAACAAUACAUUUUUUGUAAAUAUUCAGUUGCCUUUAAACAUUACAAACAUGCAAUGUGCAAACUUCACAAAGACAAAGUAAUUACAAAUUAUGUUUUUAGUAAUAUAGACAUAAUACUCAGAAACAAAAUAGCUCAUCAAUGCGCGUGAGUAGCGAUAUAAUAUAUCUUGCUCUCACAUAUGUUCAGUCUCGUUUGUUUGCCGUUAUUGAAAAAAAAAAAGUGAAACAAAAAUUAUGCGUACGAGUGGGGAUUACACGUCAUUUAUCAAGAUAAAUGACCAAUAAUUAUGAUCAAUAAUAUUUCCAUUUUUGUAUAAUCUUUCGGUGAUUGUUGUAAUGUUUUAUAUUCAAUUACUUAAGUAGUGUAGUAUUUUCGAACAGUAAAAUAUGUUUUGCAAAAAUAAUUAUGGAGACUGUAGAAAACUAUGAACGUUGCUCUGUUUGAAGGCUUAAAAAAGCUUCGUUAAAAACUUCCUUUCGUAGUGCAGGACACUUUAUUAUAAAAGUUACGCGCUGAGGUAAGUGUGGUAGUUUUCAAUAGGUCGUGCUUUAAUCAGUACCAUAGACUAUAUAGUUGUAGUAUUAUUGUGAUCUAUGUAACUAAACCAUAGAAUCGAAUUGAUGUAUAAAACGCUCACGUUGAAAAACUUGUAAAAAAAAUCUAGGUUAAUCUUUUUUUUUUUUAUUGGUCAAUUGUGGAGGAUAAUUAAGCGAGUCCUGUAUAUUUGAACAAAAUCUUAAGUGUAAAACAAAAGAAAAAUUAGGUUUAAAUUAAGAUAGUUUCUAAAAGUUAAGAAUGUAAUUGUUUAUUCAUAUAUCUGAUAAAAUUGACGAUAAGACGGCUUUUGUGCCUUUUACUGUUUAGAAAGUAACAAAAUCUUUUGGCCAUUUCAAAUAAGUAUGUAAGGUAUCGAAAUAGUUGCAUUUAGUCUAUGUUAGCUCUGCUCAGUUGCUCUUUUGCAGGUCAAAAGAAAUGUUCUUAUUUUUUUCCGAUAAAUAAUACAUAUAUUUCUCUUGAGUUCAGUUUAAGUUGAAUGGUUGGGCAAUUUCGUCUCGCCAUUAUUUUUGGAUAAAUACUAUGUAUAUAUUAAAUUACUAAGUAUAUAGUAUUAUAUUGUUACUUCUAUUUAACUCGUUCAAAUUAUGCUUCGAUGCACAUGAUUAUUGAGAGGCUUUGUAAGCGUAAUGUAAACUUAUUACUUAUAAUGCUACGAUUUUUAAUUUUUAACUUAGUGAAGAUAGUUAUUAUUUGAUUUUAGCAGUUUGCAAGAGGUAUUCAGAGUAUACAUCUAUUUACUUACAAAAGGCGCCCCCCAUCCACGUUAAUAAACGGCGUGCAUUAGUUACUUGCUUAUAGGAUGUCUUAGUGUUACGCACACAGAUGUCUAAUGUAAACAUAAUGAAAGCAUAAAAAUAUACAAAUUAGAUUUUAUUUGUUUAUAACACUUAUAAUUUAGUGUGAAGGUGUAAAACUUUUUAAGUGAACGGAUCUGUAAACAUUUCAUACAGUUUCAUAAAUUGUAAAACAUUUAAACUAAGAUAAAUUAUCUUUGUGUUUAAUGGUAACUUUUUUGAUUCGUCAGAAUUGUUCAACUUACAAAAAAAAAAUCCGGUUUUGUAUUAUAAAUUUAUAAACUAUCUCAAUAUAAUUCGUGCGAAGGAUACUAUAAAUGAGAACGUCCAAUUAAUAAUUUACUGUGAGUAGUUUAUUAUUUAACAGUAACCUCGAACAUCAAUGAAAAACCAAAUAAAGUUGCGCAUACAUAGAUUGCCUCUUCAGUUAUAAAAAAAUAUUGCAAUAAUUUGGAGUGGUCACAAGUGUUGCCCUAGCUAUGAUAUAUGUUCGAUUUAAAACCAUUACUAAAUUUAAUUUUGGGAUAGUAUUUUAAACUCAAGUUCCAUUUUCAUAAAUUGUUCUAAUUGUACUGAAAUGGAUUAGAUAACAUUGUGCUUAACUCGUAAUUCAUAUUACAAAGCAGUGCCUGAAAAGUUGAAAUAUGUAAUGUUAAAUUGUGUGUAUACUAUUAAUACAAUAGGAGAUUAUAUACAUAUAGUUAAAGUAAAUAGAAUACUACUUUCUUUGCAAAGAGUCGACUAGACCAUACUAUAUAUCUUAAUAAUUAAUUAUACAAAAAAAACCUGAUGUUAUUCUUAAAUAAGCGAAGUUUUGAUUAAAGCGUGUGAUUGAAGUAGAACCAAAAUGUACCAAUUGUCUAUCCUCCUUACAUUCAUAACUUGUUUAGUUACACAACGCUUGGUCAUCUUUCAUUUGUUAAAUUACUGAUGGAAGAAAGAGACGUUGGUUUUUAAUUCAGCUGUUAUAUAAUGUUUAUUAUUAAGGUAAUAUGUUAUUUGGUACACAAUUAUUGGCUGCACUAAUUCCUCCACCUUAUGUACUCGAUAUAAACGUUAAUUAUUAGACCUAUGAGCAUAUAAGCAUGUACACAAUCUCUAAACAGAACUUAUUGGGCUAACUUCGCUUAUUAUAAAUAGAAGAUCUUUUUACAUUUUAUACAUGAGAGAGAUGGUACAAUACUUUUACUUCUGUUCAGAGAAUGUGUCCGAGAAUCGGCGUCAUAGACCUAGUUUAUAUUUAAAUUAAUUCCUUUGAAAUGUGAUUUUUUUUGUCUAUUGUUGUUUUUAUUUAAUUUUUCCACGCGCGAGGAUGUUUUGUUUACUUAAUUUUUAAUUAACGAGCUAUAUUUAGCAAACGUACCAGCAACGUGAGUGGAUAUUGUUUUUUUUUUGUCGGAUAUAUUUAUUAAAUGUUGGUAUUAAUUCUGGCCAAUGGCAACCCAGUGAAUUUAUUAAACGAUCAAAAAGCAUUCCUUAAGGAACAUUAAACUCUUAACUUAGUAUGUUGAAUUUCAGUAUGUACACUGUUUUUCAGGUAUUAAUUAUCAUUUUUUUCUCUGCAAUUAUUUAUUGAUGUAAUUUAUAAGUUUUAUAAUAAUUUAUAUUGUAGUGAAUAAAGCACCAGAAACAGA